AUGGGUGCCCACGGGCACAUUCCUGUAUGUUCACAGUCUCAGCAAUUGAAACUCUCAGACUUUCUUUCCCAGUUGCCAGCUCCUCAGCACCCGGAGAUUCGUCUGUACAACACCGAGCAGGUUUUGAGUUGGGAACCGGUGGUUCUGAGCAAUGACACGAGACCAGUGGUCUACCAAGUACAAUUUAAAUACACGGACAGCGAGUGGUCAAAUGUGGAUGUUAAGUCUGUAGGAGUGAACUGUACCCAGAUCGCGGCAACCAAGUGUGACUUCACUGCGGCUGGCCUCUCCAAGGGCUUCCAGAUGGAUUUCAAGGUCACACUUCGCCUUCGAGCUAAGCUAGGAAAGCUCCGUUCUGCCUGGGUGACGAUGCCUUGGUUUCAACACUAUCUGAAUGUCACCAUCGGGCCUCCAAGAAACAUCUGGGUGACCCCAGGAGAAGGCUCCCUUAUCAUCAGAUUCUCCUCCCCCUUUGACAUUGAUACCUCCACAGCCACCUUUCAGUACUAUGUCCAUUACCGGGAAAAAGCAGGUGUGCAACAGAUUAAAGGCCCUUUCCAGAGCAACUUUAUUGUGUUGGAUGAUUUGAAACCCUUCAGAGAGUACUGUUUACAAGUUGAGGCACAACUGAAUUGGACACAGAAAAAAGACAACCUUAAAUCCGGGCACUUAAGCAACACAUCUUGCUACAAAACAACAGCAGAUGCCUCUACCAAGCUUCAGCAAGUCAUCCUGAUCUCCGUGGGAAUCUUUUCGCUGCUCUUGGUGCUGGCAGGGGCCUGUUUCUUCCUGGUGCUGAAAUACCGAGGCCUGGUGAAAUACUGGUUUCACACUCCGCCAAGCAUCCCAUUACAAAUAGAAGAGUAUUUAAAGGACCCAGCUCAGCCCAUCUUAGAGGCCUUGGACAAGGACAGCUCACCAAAGGAUGAUGCCUGGGACUCUGUGUCCAUCAUUUCAUUUCCAGAAAAGGAACAAGAAGGUGAUCUCCAGACACUGAACCAAAACCCUGAUCCAGCUACCAGCUCCAGGAAGUAGACAUUGGGCCAGUUACGCUGCUGAUUUUCCUGUCUGGACUUUACAGAGACCAGUACUCCAUGCUCCUGCCUCAAAAAGGCCAAUAGGCCUUUCUGAGAGACACUGGUUCACAUGAGAGACAGCGACCUCAUGAGACAGACAUGUUGAUUUUUUUUUCUUUAAACUAAGAAUUUUCUAAAUCAUAUAAGUUUCCAGAAUGAUCCUACGAAUAUAUCCCAGAAAAAAUAAGGCUUCUCUUAAACACUAAAAAGGCAUGUAAUUGUUUGUUAGUGAAGUGGAUAUGAGAGAGCUCUGAUUUUUGUUCACUGUUGGUCACGUCAAGUGGUCAGGGGACCCAUCUCUUCCUCAAUUCUGGCAAAUGAUCCAAGGCCCAUGUGACCUCUCCCAAGGAAGGACACUGAGAGGCCCUUCAUGUCCAAUCUGCUGGCUUAAAAUGUGAUUAAUCGAGUUCAUGUUGGGUGGCCAAAAAAAAGAAUAAAAUGUGAUUAGUCCUGUAAAUAUUUUCCUAGUAAUUUAAGUUUUUGUUUUUAAGCAAAAAAAUAAAAGAUUGUAUAGUAGACUUUUUAAAAAGUUUAAAAA